AACAAUGUGCAACCGUAUCGUGUUGACUUUAGCACUUUGAUGUUGGCAUAAAUGAAAUUUCAAAUUUGACAAUCCUUCAAGCGGGAAGUUGUGUUCCCGGCCAGUUGGAGUUGUGGUUUUGGAGUGGAGUGAAUUGUUUCCUGGAGAUAAAUACUCAGUAGUCGAAUAAAUAUGAACGGACUCAAAAGUCGAGGUGCUCUCAUAGUUUUCGAAGGAUGCGAUAGAUCCGGAAAAUCGACACAAUGUAAAUUGUUAGUUGAACAUUUACGUAGUCUUGGACAUAAAAUAGAGCAUAUAAGUUUUCCCGAUCGUACAACCGAAUGUGGAAAAGUAAUUGAUGCAUAUCUAAAGAAAAAGAUCGACCUUCCUCAUGAAACAAUUCAUUUAUUAUUUACCAGUAAUCGAUGGGAACUAGCGAAUAAAAUGAAACAAUUAUUAGUGAAUGGUACCACACUAAUCGUCGAUCGUUACUCAUAUUCGGGAGUUGCAUUUUCCACAACAAAAGGAUUGGAUUUGGAAUGGUGUAAAGGACCGGAAACUGGACUUCCGCGGCCAGAUCGUGUGUUUUUCUUGCAGAUAAAUCCAACAGCUUUAGAAAAUCGGGGAGGUUUCGGAAAUGAAAGAUUCGAAACCACAGACUUCCAGGAAAAAGUCCUCAAAAUCUACAAACAACUUCAUGACGACUCAUGGGUAUAUAUUGAUGCAUUCCGCGAUCGACAUGUUAUAUUAAAAGAAAUCGCUGAUCAAACGCUUAAAGUAAUUGAAAAGUGCAAAACGGAAAAACUUAGUACUUUGUGGUGAAUGCUUCAAUUUGCCUGGCUCUAAGUCAGGCAUACUCCUUUGACGUUGGAGGUAUAUUUUUGAUAUAGUAUUUUUUUUAAAUAUGGUAUAAACAAAUGGAAACCAAUUAAUUUGUUCUUUAAUAAAUAAUGACUGGAUAGGUCAAUUUAAAUGUG